UCUUCCAAGCCGCGUGCAUAUUCUAUUGGUUUUCUCGGGGAGAUAAAGCAAGCCGAUUUGAACAGAACGAGGGACGACCUGUGGUCUCUGUCCAUACCCAUCUCCGAAUUCAUCUCUCUUGGAAAUCGAUUUGCAGCUUCUCCUUGAGUCUCUGCAUAGAAGCAGCAAGAUUCUUGAUUAGCGUUUGAGUUUCCGCCAGAAGUCAUGCCGUCUCAGGAGUACAUGGACAAGCUGCAGGUCCGGCAAAGCUACCGGAACCUGUGGCACACUGAUCUGAUGCACACCAUUCAAGCUGAUACUGGCUAUUGCUGCUUUGCCUUUUGGUGUGCACCAUGUGCUUCAUACUUGCUCCGUAAAAGAGCCCUUUACAAUGACAUGUCGAGGUAUGUCUGUUGUGCUGGUUACAUGCCAUGUAGUGGUAGAUGUGGAGAGAGUCGAUGCCCCGAGUUUUGUCUCUGCACUGAGGUUUUUCUCUGCUUCGGAAAUUCGGUGGCCUCCACUCGCUUUUUGUUGCAAGAUGAGUUCAACAUACAGACUACACAAUGUGACAACUGUAUCAUUGGCUUUAUGUUCUGCCUCCAACAACUUGCCUGUAUAUUCUCAAUAGUUGCUAUGAUAGUUGGGAGUGAAGAAAUUUCAGAGGCUUCUCAGUUGCUAAACUUGUUGUCUGAUAUGGUUUAUUGCACGGUCUGUGCUUGCAUGCAGACACAACACAAGGUUGAGAUGGACAAACGAGACGGCCUGUUUGGUGACCGACCCAUGGCCGUGCCUCCUGUUCAGCAGAUGUCCCGCAUUGAUCAGCCUAUUCCUCCCUCAGCCGGCUAUCCACCUCCGCCGCCACUGCAGGCUUACAGCUAUCCACCUCCCACUCAGGGCUAUCCCGCUCCUAAUUAUCCUCCCGCAGGUUAUCCUCCCGCUGGUUAUCCUCCGCCUGGGUAUCCGCCUGCUGGCUAUCCACCUGCCGGCUAUCCAAAGUGAUCCAUUUCUCUGCCUUAAACAUUGAUAUACAGUUUCGCUGAUGUUCUCAUGUCGCUGUGAGUCAUGUGCACUACGGUUGGGUAGACAAGUGUAUACUUGGUGCGGGUAUUUUGUUUCAGCAUUGCUUUCUUGUGGCCUCUUAAUGCAGCGGUAUAUACACAGGAUUGCGUGGUUUUUGCUGUUUCAUCUUGUUCGGACUUGUUAUCUGAAUGCCUUUUCUUCUUGUCCGUCUAUGAACCAUAAUAUGUCCAUUAAAAGUACCCCUUGACUAUAUUUGAACAUAUGAUCUAUUAUUUCAUCACUUGCAAA